AUGUCUCUGGGCCGUCUCCUUCGCCGGGCCUCCUCCAAAGCCUCGGACCUCCUGACCCUCACCCCGGGCGGUGGUAGCGGGCCCCCCUCCGUCCUGGAGGGGGAGAUCAUCUACUCCAAGAACAAUGUCUGCGUGCACCCACCAGAGGGGCUGCAGGGGCUGGGGGAGCACCACCCAGGCUACUUGUGCUUGUACAUGGAGAAGGAUGAGCUGCUGGGGAGCACCCUCAUCCUCGCGUGGGUCCCCAACUCUCGCAUCCAGAAGCAGGACGAGGAGGCGCUGCGCUACAUCACCCCUGAGAGCUCCCCGGUGCGCAAGGCACCCCGCCCGCGGGGCCGGCGCGCCCAGAGCUUGGGGACGCCCCACCAGCCCUCCCCUACGGAGCCCAGGCCCGCCCUGACCCCCCGAGACGAGGAUACCCUGGUGGUGGCGCAGAGCAUCCAGGAUGCCGUGCGCGUCAGCCCUUCACCCCCUUCCGAGGACGGGGAGAAGCUGGCCCAGGGCUUGGGGAUGGCCCCGCCAGCACCAGCCCACAGCGACUCCGGGAUCCUGUCGGCGGUCAGUUCGCAGGACGGGAUGGAGGAGGGGCGGGAGCCGCGGCCCGAGGCCGGCGAGGAGGAGGGCUCCCUCGAGCUGUCGGCGGAUGGUGUGAGCAGGGACAGCUCCUUCGACUCGGAUUCCGACGCCUUCUCUUCGCCAUUCUGCCUCUCACCCAUCAGCGCCGCCCUUGUGGACAGCGGCAGCUCCGUGUUCCUGGACAGCGAGAGCAGCUCCCCGUCCAGCGCCGACGCCCACCUGCGGUUCCCGGACGGCACCGGCCUCCUGCAGACCCCGCGGUGGGACGAGCCGCAGAGGACCUGUGCCCUGGAGCAGAUCUGCGGCGUGUUCCGCGUGGACCUGGGGCAGAUGCGCUCCCUCCGCCUCUUCUUCAGCGAUGAGGCCUGCACCAGCGGCCAGAUGGUCAUCGCCAGCCGCGAGAGCCAGUUCAAGGUUUUCCAUUUCCACCACGGCGGCCUGGACAAGCUGUCCGACGUGUUUCAGCGCUGGAAAUACUGUGUGGAGACGCACCUCAAGGACCAGGGAGUCACCGACGAAAAGACGUGCAUGCAGUUCUCCAUCCGACGCCCUAAACUGCCCUCCUCCGAGACACACCCUGAGGAGAGCAUGUACAAGAGGCUGGACGUGGCGGCCUGGCUGCGCCACCUGAACGAGCUGGGCCAGGUAGAGGAGGGAUACAAACUGCGCAAGGCCAUUUUCUUCGGCGGCAUUGAUGUGUCAAUCCGGGGGGAGGUCUGGCCCUUCCUGCUGCGGUAUUACAGCCACGAGUCCACGUCGCAGGAGAGGGAGGCACUGCGGGCGCGGAAGCGCCGGGAAUACGCCGAGAUCCAGCAGAAGAGGCUCUCCAUGACCCCUGAAGAGCACAAAGCGUUCUGGCGCGACGUGCAGUUCACCGUGGACAAGGAUGUGGUUCGGACGGAUCGGAGCAACCAGUUCUUCCGAGGCAAAGACAAUCCGAACGUGGAGAGCAUGAGGAGGAUCCUGCUGAACUAUGCCGUAUACAACCCAGCCAUCGGCUACUUCCAGGGCAUGUCAGACCUUGUGGCGCCCAUCCUGGCCGAGGUCCUGGACGAAUCAGACACCUUCUGGUGCUUUGUGGGUUUGAUGCAGAACACGAUCUUCGUCAGCUCUCCUCGGGACGAGGACAUGGAGAGACAGCUGCUCUACCUGCGGGAGCUGCUGCGGCUGACGCACCUGCGCUUCUACCAGCACCUGGUCUCGCUGGGUGAGGACGGCCUGCAGAUGCUCUUUUGCCACCGUUGGCUGCUGCUGUGUUUCAAGCGCGAGUUCCCCGAGGCCGAGGCGCUGCGCAUCUGGGAGGCCUGCUGGGCCCACUACCAGACGGAUUACUUCCACCUUUUCAUCUGCGUGGCCAUCGUGGCCAUCUACGGGGAUGACGUCAUUGAGCAGCAGCUGGCCACCGACCAGAUGCUCCUGCACUUUGGAAACCUGGCCAUGCACAUGAACGGGGAGCUCGUUCUCAGGAAGGCCCGCAGCCUGCUGCACCAGUUCCGUCUCCUGCCCCGCAUCCCCUGCAGCCUGCACGACCUGUGUAAGCUGUGUGGGACAGGCAUGUGGGACAGCGGAUACAUGCCCGCCGUGGAAUGCACAGGCCACUACCCGGGCUCCGAGAGCUGUCCCUACGGGGGCACGGUGGAGACGCCUUCGCCCAAGCCCCCCAGAGAAGGCAAGAAGGGCCCAAAGAUGCCUCGGGAAGGCUUCGGUUUCCGCAGAUAGGUGGGGCUCCCUGCACUGGAGGAAGGUGGAGGGGACCUAAGCAGAGGUCCUG